GCGGUGGGCCCAGAGGGGCGAGGGAGAAAUAUUUGGGAAGCCUGAGAAGGGUGGGCUGGUGCUGGUGGGGACAAGGUCAGGGCGAGGGAAUUGGGGCGGUGCUCGGAGGUCCACCCCCUUUCUCCCUCUUCUCGCACUUUUUUCCCCGGAACACGUUGGCUCGCGAGACCAGGACAACAAACCCGCCCGCGAGGCUGCUGCGCCGAGGGCAGUUGGGGAGGGCGUUGGGAGGCGGCGCUGCGCUUGCGGUGGACCUGCGCCCCCGAGCGGUGGAGGCGGUGACCGUUGCGAGGCCUGAGCGAGUGGAAAUUCCAUUCGUGUGGUAAAAUGGAUUUAUUGUGGCUCAGGAAAUUUGCAGUCCUACUCUGGAAAAUUUUUCUUAUAAAGAGGCGGAAACUAAUUGGUUUAGUUGUGGAAAUUGGACUGACAUUUUUACUUUUGGCAUUUGUUUUGCUGAAUCGUAGGAUAGUACAUAAGAAGUUUCAUAAUGCUUCCACUUUUGAUCCUCUUCCUUUGAUACUACCUGCUCUCACUAAUACUUCACUUGUAUAUGAGUUGGUUUACGUGCCUUCUGGAAGUGAUGUGGCAAAAAAUAUUACUGAGAUGGUGAAAAGGGACUUAAAUUUCAAUUUUAAAGUUCAAGGCUUUUCCUCAGAAGAAGAUUUUGAGAAGUACAUUAAGUAUGAAAAUAAGUGUGGGUAUGUGCUGGCUGCUAUUGUUUUUGAUCAUGACUUCAAAAACAAAAAUGACAGUUUGCCACUGAAGGUAAAAUAUCACCUGCGUUUUCGUAAUUCAAAUGCUGUCAGAAAUGGUAUACUUGGAAUGGUUGAUAGCCAAAACGUAGACUGGGAUACAUCUAUGCUCUUUCCUAUAAUACCUUCUAUAGGACCCAGGAACCCACUUGAAGCAGAUGGGGGAGAUCCUGGUGAGCAGAUUCUUGAGCAUACUUAUAUUGCUAUUUUUGUUUCAUGCUAG